CCGGGGCUGCGAGAAGGGAGCGGGCGAGCGAGCAGGCGGCAGGCACAGUCUGCGCGAGGAGCAGGCGAGCGGGAAGACAAGACGCAGCCACCUUCCUCACCAGCCAGCCCACAGCGGUUUGUCCCCUUCCACGGGAGUGCGCCAAUGCCUGGUCCGACCCAAACCCUGUCCCCAAAUGGAGAGAACAACAACGACAUCAUCCAAGAUAACGGGACCAUCAUUCCUUUCCGGAAGCACACAGUGCGCGGGGAGCGUUCCUACAGUUGGGGAAUGGCGGUCAAUGUGUAUUCUACCUCGAUAACCCAAGAGACUAUGAGCAGACAUGACAUCAUUGCAUGGGUGAAUGACAUAGUAUCUUUAAACUAUACAAAAGUGGAACAGCUAUGUUCAGGAGCUGCCUAUUGCCAGUUCAUGGACAUGCUUUUUCCAGGCUGCAUUAGUUUGAAGAAAGUAAAAUUUCAAGCAAAGCUGGAGCAUGAGUAUAUUCACAAUUUUAAACUUCUCCAGGCAUCGUUUAAGCGAAUGAAUGUUGAUAAGGUAAUUCCAGUGGAGAAGCUAGUGAAAGGUCGUUUCCAGGACAACCUGGAUUUUAUUCAAUGGUUUAAGAAAUUCUAUGAUGCUAACUAUGAUGGGAAGGAAUAUGACCCUGUGGAAGCACGACAAGGGCAAGAUGCAAUUCCUCCUCCCGAUCCUGGUGAACAGAUCUUCAACCUGCCAAAAAAGUCUCACCACGCAAACUCCCCCACAGCAGGUGCGGCUAAAUCAAGUCCGGCAUCUAAACCAGGAUCCACACCUUCUCGUCCCUCAUCAGCCAAAAGGGCUUCAUCCAGUGGUUCAGCAUCCAAAUCUGAUAAAGAUUUAGAAACACAGGUCAUACAGCUUAAUGAACAGGUACACUCAUUAAAACUUGCCCUGGAAGGUGUGGAAAAGGAAAGGGAUUUCUACUUUGGAAAGUUGAGAGAGAUAGAGCUACUCUGCCAAGAACAUGGGCAGGAAAAUGACGACCUCGUGCAGCGACUAAUGGAAGUCCUCUAUGCUUCAGAAGAGCACGAGGGCCACCCUGAAGAGCCAGAAGCAGAGGAACAAGUUCACGAACAGCAGCCCCAGCAGCAGGAAGAGUACUGAACCGUCUUGGCAGCUCGCAACACUUCCAUUUUGUGUGGGAACUUUUCUUCUGGAGAAUUGGAACAUGUGUGGCCUCAAGCUCAACAGAAACCAGUUGUUCCCAAUCUGCCGUUACAUCAACGCGCUGCUGCAAACGCCAGCCACCGAGCUCGGUUCCCAUUUCCUUUGCCAAGACAUAUUAGCAGCCGGCCUUCUACCUGAGAGAUCAUGGGGUCACAUACCUUCAACUUCACCACUUGGCUGCUUGAGAAUGGUUCUGCUCUUUCAUUUCUUUCCAAAACAACUCUUCCCUACCCCACCCCCACCACCCCACUCCCUUUCUAUCCCGGUGUGAAACAAUGGUAAUUUGAUAUAUGGUAUUUAUAUUGGCAUUUCUCAACCCAGUGUCACUAGAUAUCACACACAUUUGUGGUGCUUUGAUGUUUGCAAGUCUAACCUCUGAAUAUAAAUUUGGUCAAAUAAUAAAUUGGAACAAAGGGAAACAGAUACUUGAUAUGAAAGCCAUAAUGACAGUGACUUGUUUCACGGGGAAAGACAGUCAGUUUCUCCCUCUACUUCCAACAUGAAAGGGGAAAGAAUGGGUUUGAAAGUAGGACUUCGGGGCCCAGCAGUGUUUUUAUAUCAGCAUGUUAGACAACCACACAAUCUGUUGUUAGUUUUGAAAGACAUUCACUCAAAGAAAACCCCAUCUCAACUUGGGCCUCUGAGAGCUUGGCCCUGCCCUCCCCCACCCAGGUUCUCAUGCUGUUUUCUUUCUCAGGGUCCUCUUUUGUGGGCAACCACUCUCCCCAGGAAGCUGUCACCCCUCACUGCAGUCCAGACGGGUCUGCAUAGGUACUGGUCCCGCUCCCUCUUUGUGUGGGUUUCAACCCAAAUCCUGUCAUCCACGGCAUGACGGUGCACAGCCUGGUUUCAGGGUUCUGCAUCAGGCUGCACACUUGCUGAAGGCUGACAGCAAAGACCUUUUUCACAGGAGCCUCAUUCCCGGGGAGAAUCCUGGCUCUGAAGGCUGGUGUUGACACUGGAAUGAGAGCACAGGAAAAAUCUAUGACUCCCAGUUCCUUCUGGAAUAAGGCACUUCCCCCCUUAGAUACUGCAGCCCUCAUUAUCAUUGACCUUUGCUAAACCAUGGCAGUUCAAAAACAGAGGAAACAUUAAUGAAUUUGAAGCAUUCCUUAUUUUUUUAAACUAACAUUUGCACAUUUUCUUAGUAUCUUCCAAAGUCUUUGCCUUUUUAUUUUUUUCCCCCAAUGACAGAUGGUAUCCCUUCCUGGGUCCUUCAUUUCACUUGGUUUCUAACUUUAGAUUUACUUUCACUUGUUAUUUGACUUAGCAGGUGCAACAAAAAAAAACAUGAAACAAGUGUGCCCACCUCACUCUCCUCUUAACUGAAAAGCUUAAAAUAAAUUUCUGAAUUAUGUAUCAUAAAGCUUUGACAUUUCUUUAUUAAUUGAUGAAGUACUAAUUCUAAAUUCUAGCAUUGAAGCUUUUCACAAAAGAAGUCUUCUCAAAAUAAAUCUUUUGCAGCAAAGUGGUAUUUAUUGAGUUAUAUGUGAAAGAGAUUGCUUGUAUUUUUGAGGUUCUUACAAUGCACUGUGCAGAAUUGGACAGAGGUUCUGUGGUGUCUGGUUUCCCUUUCUUCUCUCUCCUGCUUGCUCUGCGCUACAAUGGCAGCUCCUUUCUCUCAGGCUGACAAGCCUGGCUCUCGGCAGUGACAUCCUCCCGCACCUGGUUGCAGCCAGUGGUUGUGCUGUACGUAGCAUCAUGCUUCACGGUGUGUUCUUACACCCCAAACCCCCUUCCCACCCCCUCUACCCCAAACCUGUUGAACUCAUUGAUUUUCCUUUUUUUCAAAAUAGCUCGUUAAAUCAUUACAUGUGAUGGCACUUCAGUGCUUCUAGGCAGUCCUUCCACUGCCCUAGACAUCCCAGUAACACCCAGGGAACGUGGCUCGUGACCCAAACUCCCAGCAUGUGGGUACACCAGAACAGAGAGGGCCCCUCCAGAAACCACUGGAUGUUGUCCAUUACAUCAGCUCAUCAGUGACAUUCUCCCACAGCCCCAGCCUCUCAGUUAUCAAACUAUUGGCCGGAAAUCUUAGCCUGUCAAGAGCACUUUCCCCAGUCAUCAUACUUCAUUCUCCUUCCUGAUGUCUUGGGGCAAACUAGUCAUUGGCUUAAAAAAGAGCUCUAGAUUCUUCUUUGUCCCCCAUCUGAAAUGUCUUCGUUGUGUUGCAUCCCAGAUGACAUCACUGACACUCUGGGGAAUCUCAGCUGCUGAGUUUCUCAGCCGGUCCUCUUUGGCUGCACCCCAGCUUUGCAGGCCUCAUCUCACUCCCCAGGGCUUCUCCUUCCUCCUCUCUGCUCCUCCCUCUCUGAAACCAGAUGUCAUUCUUCAUGCCCUUCACUCACACCCACUGUGGCUGUUAUAGCACUUCCACUGCUUAGUCAGAUAGGAAGUGAUUGAAGCAGGGGGCAAAGAGAGCCCAUCUUCUUCCUAAGCAGAAAAGCAGAAAAAGAAAAAAAUACAAACAUCCUGUUGACAGAGAGAAGUAAACUCCAGAAGGGAACCAAGAACUCCUCCCUUCCCUGGUGAGUAUUUCCAUUAUUCCGUUAAGGUUUAAUAUGCAUUCAAAUUACUUUUACUAAAUAGUACACCAUAAAGCUUUUGUUAUAUAUUAAAUGUAAACUGAAAGGAAUGUAAACAUAUGUAUUGUUAAUUAUAAAUAUAGAUAAGCAAUGACAUAAUAGAUGAAAAAGUCUUAUUCAGAUGUAUCACAUUCAUUUUACAUCACCCACCUAUUGUCGCAUGGUAGAAUAGUUUUUUUGUCUCUGAAUAUGUGAAUAACUUGACUUGCGUUUAUCUUUUUACAUAUUUAAUAAAAAAAGUAUAAGUUAAAA